CUCACUCGUAAGCCGGACACGGCGGACCACCGCGCAAAUGUCCUCUUCCUACGUUAGCAUUCCACUUCAUAACACGGACGAAUAUCCAUCACCGCGACCGCAUCUGUAUCGGCGGCCAGAUGCGUGCAUUCGCAACCUCUUGCGCCCGCGCGUCCUCUACAACCUCCUCAAGGUCGCCUUGCCCCUCGCCGUACUCGUCAUCGUCGGGGGACUAUACUACUGGGAACCCCACGUCGAAAUCGCGUUCUACAACCGCUCAUGGGUGAGCCAAGAAGUCCUCAACGUGCCACCACUCUCGGGGUGCUUCUCAGAGCGCCGAGUCUCCCCGGACUAUAAUGUCACCGACGCGCUGUACGGCCCUCGGCACACGGAGGUCCACGCGGGGACUCCCUUGCAAUUCGGAUUGGACUGCUACGACUUCGCGGGCACGGUUAAGCCGCUCGUACGUGGCCCCCCAGCUCAUCGUAUACCCCCGGACGAGCGCAUUCAGUACCACACCUACUGGCGGUCGGACCUUGCCCCGUUCGGACCCCGGCAGGAGUGGAUGAUCAAGUCCUACUUCGCGACGCAAGACCUGGAACGCACGCGGCUCGUUCUCUGGACCAACUUUGACCUCACGCACAACACUAUCUUGCAAAAGUGGGUGCGGCGAUACCCGGAUUCGUUCGCGUUGAAGACGGUGGACUACAACACGCUCGCGCGGGGAACGGAGUUGGAGGGGAGCGAGUUGCUGAACAUCAACGACACGAAGGCGUGGGUGGACGGAGACCUGGUGCGGCUGCUCGUCAUCUGGGCGUAUGGCGGGGUGUGGAUCGACAUGGACUCUCUCCUCACGCGGGACCUCGCGCCCCUCCUGGAGCAUGAGUUCGUGACGCAGUGGGACUGUUAUGACAAAAAAUACGUGCCCCUGAACGGUGCUCUCAUGCGUUUCCACAAACACUCGCCGUAUCUAUGCGAAGCCUUCCACGUCAUGGUUACAUCGCAACCACCACGCCAAGGGACCACGGACUGGGGCGCACUGCUUUAUCUCAAGCUGCGCCGGCGUCUUUUGGCCGCUGGCAUCCCUCCGUUCAAGGUGCUCCCUUUCUGCUUCUCCGACGCGCGUUCGUGCCGACUGGACAACCGAUUGCCGGACCCAUUCUUGACUGACCCUACGAAUGGCUUUUGGACGAUGGGGCUUGGGCGCGAGGAGGGUGGGGCGUUGGACCAGGCGCUUGGGAAGGUGUUCGCGGUGCACCUGCAUAACCAGUGGGAGAAGCCGUACCCGAAGGGCGGAUGGGUGGACCGUCUACUUCUGCGGAAGUACGACGACCGGAUAGGGCCGUCGGACUCAUGACGACUGGCCGGUGAUGUUUUAUGUGCUUAUUCUACUUAAUUUUCCG